AUGUCAGACAAAAUUGUAUUUAUUGGAGUAUUAGCAUCGUCAAACUCUAUUCAGGAUUUGAAAGCCUUCCGUGGAUAUUUGUGUAUUGAAAAUGGUGUGAUAACAGGAGUAGGUGCUAAUGAAACAUUUGAAGAUCUAAAAGGAAAAGGAAAAUUUGACGAUUUCCAAAUUCAAUAUUUGGAGCCGAAUCAGUUUCUUAUGCCCGGCUUUGUUGACUGCCACACUCAUGCACCUCAAUUCCCCAACAUUGGUCUCGGACUAGAUAGGCCCCUAUUGGAAUGGUUAGACAAGUACACAUUUCCCUUAGAGUCUCGGUACAAAGAUGUAGAGUUUGCAGCUAAAGUAUAUGAUAGAGUUGUACAAAGAUUACUUCAAAAUGGUACAACAACAGCUUGCUAUUUUGGGACUCUCCAUAAGGAAGGUAGUUUGGAAUUAGCAAAGAGUGCCAUAAAACAUAAACAGAGAGCUCUUGUUGGAAAAGUUAGCAUGAAUAUAAAAAACGAUGCUGGAUAUUAUAAUGCCACUCGAAAGGAAUUAAAUGAGACUGAAGAGUUUGUUCAGUGUAUUUUACAUUAUAAGAAUGAAUUAGUGCAACCAGUGGUAACACCCAGAUUUGCUGUUAGUUGUGAUACUGAACUCAUGAGUGGAUUAUCCCAGAUAGCGCGUAAAUAUGACUGUCAUAUACAGAGCCAUAUUUCAGAAAACAGAAAAGAAAUAGAACAUGUGUUGAAAUAUUUUUCAGGUUAUCAAACUUACUCUGAAGUUUAUGAUAGAAGUGGUAUUCUCACAAAGAAGUGUAUUAUGGCGCAUGCAGUAUAUUUAAGUGAAAAGGAGAUGGAGGUAUUCGCGAGGAAGGGCGUCUCUGUCGCACACUGUCCUGCUUCUAACACAAGAUUGAGAUCUGGUUUAUGUCCAGUGAGGAAACUGUUGAACAACAAUGUUGUCGUCGGCCUAGGAACAGAUGUAUCAGGGGGCGAUAGCGCAUCCAUUUUAGACGCGGUGAGACGUACUAUGGAUGUUUCAACACAUCUCGAAUUUCAGGGGAAUCCAGAACACGCGAUUAACUGGAGAGAGGCCUUUUAUUUAGCUACCCUAGGGGGGAGCCACAGCGUUGAAUCUGGAUCGUAA